CCAAAUUAAAAACCUGUGACUUCAGUGACUGCAAUCACGAAGGCCUUUGUACUCUCAAUGAACAAAACGAAAAGUUAUGCUCUUGCAUAGGAACAAAAUAUUUCCAAGGACCCACCUGUUCAGAAGCUAUAGAUCUAUGUCAAACUGAAAAUCCCUGUCAAAAUGGUGGCAUUUGUAAACCUGUAAUAGGGCAGUUUAUAUGUGAAAAUUGUAAUUCGGGUUUUGGUGGGCUAUGGUGUGAUUUAGAAGUUGCUAAUGUUUUCGAAAAUAUGUUGUUGUACUUUAAUCAUUAUGGUUAUUAUGGAGAAAAACACAAAUUCAUUAUAAUGUUGGAAGACUUGGGGGAAAGAGCGUUUUCUUUGGAAUUUGUGGCCGAAAAUUAUGCCAUUGAAAGUUUUGAGACAAAACUUGGUAAAAUAGAAAAAUGGGUUUAUACGAAAGAUUUGCCAAGUGUUAUAAAAAAGUUGGGCAUAAGAUAUUAUCAGGAUAUGCCUUAUACUAAGGGCUAUUACCAUAUAGCAAAGGAAACCUUUUGGGACUUGGGUCAAUUGGCUUUAACCUUACGCUGUUAUGAUACUGAAACAGCAGCUUUAUUUUUCUAUCAAAAUCAAUUUGAUAUAUUGAUAACACAACGUAAGGUAUCAUGUGUUCCGGAGUUACAUUUUAUUCAUGGUGCAAAUCCUCUGGAGUCUUUGAUGGUGGAUAUAGCCAAUUAUAAUAAUUUUGAAAUUAUUCUAAAGAAAAGAUGUUUCGAAAACUCUGUUACCAACUAUCAGUGGAGUGUUUUCAAUAGUAUCGGUUCGGUGAAACUGCAUGAUUUUGGUUCUACUAAAGAACUUAUUCUGAAGAUUCAACCCUAUAAAUUAUGGUUUAAUUAUCAUGGUGAGGUGAUGUCUUCUUAUAGUAUAGUGGUCAAGAUGGUGGAAGAACGUGGAGGAAAAAGGAGUGAAAGUCAAACUAGAUGCUUUAUAUUCGUUUUACCCAAACCGGUGACUGCUUUAAUAAAAGGUGGCAAUUAUCGAGAAAUUGGUGUUAAUCAAGACUUUACUUUGGAUGCUUCAAACAGUCGAGACUUCGCUUUAGCUCCCAAUGUUUGGCAGGAUGUAUUUUAUAAAUGGGAUUGUGUUUCAGAAGAUGAUUUUAGUUCGGUUUAUUGUAAAAAUGAUAUGAGUUCAUCUUCAAUCUUAAGCAUAAAAUCCGGUUACCUACAACUCCAUACUACCUAUACGUUUACUUUAACCAUAAAUUCCAAAAUAAAUAAAUUUGUAUCGGAUCAGAAAGCUCAAAUAGUUAAAAUAAUGGAAAACCCCCAGUAUAGACCUGAAAUGUUUAGUAUAGACCUGAAAUGUUUACGUAAUUGUGAACGUAAUCAAUUUAUACCAGGAGAUAUCUUACACUUACAAGCAGUAGCCCUAGACAAGGCACUAUCCAAUAAAGCCACUUUUCAGUGGUUACUCGAGGAACAAGUUAUAGGAAAAUUAGAGCAUUUACUGUAUGAAACCCAACAAGACUCCAAAACCCUUUUAAUACACUUAUUAGUACAGGAUCAAGCUUUAAUUGGUAAAGCCCAACAAACUUAUGAAGUGAAUUCAGCACCUCACAAUGGUUCCUGUUAUAUAGAGCCCUCAGUGGGAGAAGCUUUCUUUACAGAUUUCCAUAUAAAAUGUCAAAAUUAUGUGGACACAGACACACCCUUAAAUUAUGAAUAUAUACAGGAAAACGGAUUUCCUUUGCAGCGCACCAACGAGGCCGAUAUCCAUAUAAAGCUGGCUCAGUGUAGUAAAGUUAUAAUCAAAAUAUGUGAUCAAUUUCAGGCCUGCUCAGAAUAUCAGGUAAAAGUAGAGGUUAAGGCAUUAGAAGAGGGUUUUAAGAGAAUUCUGAAAGAUGAAGAAAUUUUAACAUUUAAGAGAUUACCUUAUGAAAAAUCUAGCCAGGAAUUAUUACAAAUUAUGCAAUUAUUUGCGCAAACCUGGGAAACUAUAAUACCAGUUCAAGUUAUGCCAGAAACAGCAGUUACUUCUUGGGAUCCCUUACAGGAGAUAUAUCCGGUUUUAGAGGAUUUUGAUAUUAAUAUAGCACAACAAUUGAAAAAUUGGCUAGAGAGCUCGAGAAAUCUAUUAGAUUGUUUUGAUUUUAUGUUAGAGGGAGCUAAACAGUUAUACGCCCCCUGGGAACAGAUUCUUUCUAUAGAGAAGAAUAAUUUGUAUCUGAAGAUGUGGGCUUUUGAUAAUAGCAGUAAACAGGAAAUAGAAAUUAAUAAUGAUCAAAUUAAAGUUUUACUAAAUGAGGCCUUUAUCAAGGAAUUACAAGAAAACUUUCAAGAUACCAACAUACUAGUGCAAAUGGCCUCUCUUAACUCAAAUCCUUUUUGGUGGUUUCCCAGUGAAAAGCCUUUAAGUAGUGAGGUCUUUUUCUUUACAGCUGUAAGUAGAAAAUCUAGCAAAACUUUGAAUAGUUUAAAAAAUCCUUUUCAAUUUCAAUUACUACUAAAAUCGGAGCAAACUGACUAUAGUUUAGUUAAGGGCAUUAUAAAAAACUCUUUACAUAUGCCUGUCUAUAAACUAAAACUACCGGCCAAUGCUGUAUUGAUCAUAACUUUUGUUAAAUGCGAAAAACCUUUAAAGUUUUUAGCACAAAUCGAGCAACCACCUUCAAGCUUUAAAGUUCUUAAAAUAGGUCAUGUUAUAGAUGCUUUAAAAGAUCAGCAAACUUUUAUUUUCCCUAAUCCCUUAAGUAGAAAUAUACCAACCUUUUUAGCCAUAUUAAUGGAUACUUUAAGCGAAAAUAUAACAUUUUCAUUUUACACUGUAGUCAGAGAAUGUUUAUAUUGGGACUUUUCUCUAACCGAUCCUCAAUGGUCCUCUCAGGGUUGUAGACCUAAAGUGGAAAUUGAAGAUAAGAACACAUUAACCUGCUAUUGUCAGCAUUUUUCAGCAUUUGCGGGCUCAACCUAUCAGAUCACAGUGCAAGAGGAUUUGAAGGAAAGAAUACUUUUAAAAGAAUUGAGUCUUAACUGGUUUUUAAUAGGAUUUUACUUGAUCUUAAUAAUCAUAGGUCUCUUCAUGGUAUUACUAAACUUAAAUCAGUUUCAAAAUAAAACUGAAUAUUUGCCCAUAAAUUAUUCUAAUCUGACAAACCCUGAUAUAGAAGUACAUAUUUUUACCGGUUCCCAUUGGAAUGCGGGCUCUACUGCCAAUAUAACUUUAAGAUUUAUAUCCUCUAAAGGACCCUUUUCGUUAACCAUCUAUCAAAAUCCUCAAAAACCUUUUCUAACCAGAAACUCUCAAUACAAAUUACUACUCAGCUCCCAAGAUAUUCAGCUGCCCCUAAAACUUAACAUGACCAAUGAUCUAAGUGGGCGUUAUCCCUCCUGGUAUUGUCAUAAAAUUCACAUAACAAAUCUAAAAACUCAAGAGCAACAAAUUCUUCUCAUCGAUCAGUGGCUUAAUCAACAACCUCUAGAAAUAAUUACUUUGAAAACACAAAGUUUUAAAAACAGAUUUCAGGAAAACUUAGCCAAUAUCUAUACAAAUUGGUUUAAAUUUCAAGCCAUAUGGGGUUGUUGGCUUUAUAAGGACUUAAAUCGUUUAGAACGUUGCUGUCUAUGGUGGUGUCAGCUUAUGGUACCGUUAGUUUUAGUGGCAGAAUAUUAUGGUUCCACUACCCUAGAAACAUAUGAAGAGGAACGUAUUCGUUUUUAUCAUUUAAAUUUUAAUAUUUUACUAUUA